GUCUUCCGCUGUGCACGCAGUCUACGCGGAAUUUUUCUUCGGCUUGGGGACCGACCAUACCGGGGGAAGACAGUAUUUCUCAAGGAAAGGCUAAAAACUCUGGGACAAGAGGGGUGAGCUGGAGAACUGAGCCUGUUGUGUUUUUUGCUGGGGACGAGGGACAACCCAGACUUCUAAGCUACGUAACCCGCCAGGAUCCUGUAGAAAAGUUGGCGGGCGUUGAGGGAAGAAUUUGCCGGCAAGUCAGGGCCUGGUAGCAGCGUCGGUAUUUCUUUUCCCACCCAGCACGUUUUUGCGUAGGGUUCGUCUGAGAAUCUGAGGCGGCCUCCUUGCGAGUGUUGGGUUCUCCAAAGUGCGGAGGAUUGGGACCGGCUGAACCAUUUCUAACCUGGAUGAUGGAGACCGCGUUCGCUCUUGUUCAGUUCUCUCUGCAUGCCCGCACAGAGGAUAUCUUGACCCUGUGCACCCCGCACUGUGCCUGUUAAAUCGUACCUGCCUCUCACAGUCCCAAGGCCCCUCCUUUAAUUAAGCGACUUCGCCAAGGUCACUUAGCUGGGGUAGAGAUGGGGACGCGGGACUUUUAAAUUCUGAAUAGCCUCCACUUUUCAGUUAUGGGUGGUUAAGUUAGUAUUUCGAGGAUACCUUUGCUUUGAGCAAAAAAAAUUUUUUUCUUUUUUUGGAGGUGGCCCUUGGCAUGUUUUACUGAACACAAAAUCAAAAAUAGGCGGUACUGUGGCAUAGUUUUUUCUUGGGAACAGACAGCUUGACAUAGCCAGAGAGGGGUCUGAAGCAUACUUUUAGUCACUCACGUUUGUUCAUGUAAUGAGGCUCAAAUGUAAUCCCAUCUGCACUAGUACUAAAGUGAUUUGUUUUGUUUACAAUUUCUCCUCCCUCUCUUCCUCCCCACCCCCUUUCUUUAUUUCAGUACUGGGGAUUGAACCAGGGGUGUCCAGUGUGCUAAACAAGUGUUCUACCACUGGGCUACAUCCCCAGCCUGUUAAAAUUUUGAGACAGUGCCUUGCUGAAUUGCCAAAGCUGGCCUCAAACUUGCCAUCCUCCUGUCUUAGCUGGGAUAAUGGAUAUUCUUUACCAUGUUUGGUUUAAGACUUUUUUGGGUUUACUUUAUGUGUAAAUGGAAUUGAUAAUAUCUUCCUGGAAGGUUGAGAGAAUUUUAAAAAAUUCAAUUCAGUUCUAGAAACCUUGCCUUAAGUGGCCAAUGAGACUAAAGUAACAGUAUAUAACUCAUGCUUAUUAAUUAGUUAAAUUUCACCAUACUGGGGAUUGAACCCAGGGGUACCCUACCCUGAUCUACAUCCCAGCUUCUUUUUGUUUUAAAAAAAUUUUUUUAUAGUUGUAGAUGGACAGCAUACCUUUAAUUUCUUUCUUUCUUUUUUUUUAAUGUGGUGCUGAGGAUCAAACCCAGUGCUUCACACAUACUAGGCAAGUGCUCUGCCACUGAGCUACAGCCCUAGCCCUUCCCCAGCCCUUUUUGUUUUUUACUUUGAGACAGGAUCUCACUGAAUUGCCAAGACUGGCCUUGAAGUUUCAUCCUUUUGCCUCAACCUCUGAAGCUGCUGGGAUUACAGGCAUUUGCCACCACAUCAGGCUCCUGUUACAUUUUCAUAGACAUUUAUGACAGAACAAAGAUGGCAAGACUUCCGGUGAUAGGAGGAGGUGAUAGGAUUAUCCCUCCCCCAAUCUUUUUUUUUUUUUUUUUUAGUGCAUGUUCAUUGUACAGAAUGGUGGAUUUCUUUGUGGCAUAUUUGUUGUUGUACUUUCCCUUGAUCCCCCUUCCUCUUCACUGAUAGUCAAUUGAGUGAAAUUAAUUAGGAUAUAUUUUAAAAGUUCUUUGUAACUGUUGCACAUGUAUUAGAUGAUAUGAUUUUAGUCCCAGCUUUUCUAACUAUUGCUUCUCAAGAAUAAAUAUAACAUAUAAACAUUACUAAAUUUAUGAUAUAUUUGUUAGACAAAUUUUCUUUUCAGAAAAAUCUUUGGUUAUUAUAUUGAUCCUACAGGUCUUGAAACACAUUUUGACUUUUAAAUAUUUCCUCAUUAGUGCUGUGAACAUCUCAUUUAUUGGUUAAAACCUAACUAAGAACAAUAAUGAGCAAAUUGUUUGAGUUCUUUUAGGGAAUGAGAAGAAAGGAGCAUGAAAUUACCUUGAAGGCAAGGUGUGGGAUUGCAUUCCUAUAAUGACAGCUAUUGAGGAGGCUGAAGCAGAAAGAUCUGAAGUUCCAGCCUAGCCUGGGCAAUUUAGCCAGACUGUCUCAAAGUAAAAUUUAAAAGUACUAGGGUUGUAGCUCAGUGGUAGAGCAUGUAACUAACAUGUACAAGGGCCUGGGUUUGAUCCCCACCACAAGAGGAAAAAAAAAGCAGUUUUGAGUUUUUUCCCCCUUCUGCUUUUGUGGUCAAAUUUGAAAACUUUAGGCAAUAUCAGACUUAAACAUUUUUUAAAGGAAUACAGAAAGAAGCUCUUUUUCCUGGCUAGCUAUUUAGAUUUGGAGCAAAUCCUACUAUCUGAUUUAGACUAAGAUCAAAGUCUCUAGUUAAUGCAGAAAAAAAUUUAUUAUUUUGAAUUUUGGAAUUAACUCAGUAUUAAUAAGAUAUGACUAAUCAUGCUAACCAAUUCUUUUACAGAAGCUGCAUAUUGGAAUGGAUUUAGAAUCCUCAUAAUGGAAACAGAAUACAUGAAAGCAAGCUAGUUUAUUUUUUAUAACAGCACAUUUAGCUUGAGUACUAGUUGCAGAUGGCUUUCUUUACUGAAGAGAAUUUGUGAUGUAAAUGGAAAGAUAUCUUUUUUCUAGACUCAUCCUUUAUAAAUAUGUUUCGUCUGAGAACUCUUUGUGCAUUCUCCUGGAGAGAGUUUCAGUUUCGAUCCUUCAGUUGUGAACCCUUAAUUAUUCAGAUGAAUAAGUGUACAGAUCAAGAGCAAAUAUUUGAUCUUAUAGAAAGAAACAAAGAGACACUUUCAGAAAAUCAAGUUGAAUGUGCAUUUAAUAAUCUUUGGCAACUUCAAAAGCAGAAGACCAGCUUGUUAAAAAAUGUUGAGUAUGUAGGAGAUCAUCCCCAAUUUCUUACUCUGCAUAAUUUGACUACAAAUAAAAUCAAAUUAAUGAAUGAUGAUACUCUGGUGAAUGUGUUAUACAUCACACAACAGUUCGCUGUUAAGGCCCAUGAUCCAUUAAUUCAAGCACUAGUUACAGAAGCAUGGAAAAGGAUGGAAAGGUUUGAUAUUAAAGUACUAUCUACAUUUUCCACUUGCCUAGCAGAUCAACGUUUGUAUUUCAGUCCACUAAUGGGAAAAAUAGCUGAUAUUGUAAAUAGGAACUUGGAAAACAUACAGGACUUAAGGUCCUUGUGUGUCUUGAUGGUCAACAUAUCUUCUUUAAUAUCACAACAUUUUCAAGAACAAUUAGUGAAUAAAACAGAGCUUCUUUUUGACAACAUGAGUUCUCCUGAGGUCGACAUUGCAAAAAGAAUAGUACAAUUUCUUCAAAAUGUUAAAUAUAGAUAUUACCCUCUAUUAGAGAGGUGUAAUAAAGUGUUUUUAGAUAACAUAAACUACCUUGAUUUGGAUUCCGUCAGUAAAAUAUUUGAUGGAUAUCAGUUCCUACAGUUUUAUAGUUUUGAAUUUGUUAUAGUGGCUAAAAAGAGGCUAACUGAGAUGAUUCCUCUCUUUGAUAACCCUGCAAGCUUUGUGAAAUUGUUUGUUGCAUUGGGACCAGUGGCAGGACCUGAAGAAAAGAAACAACUUAAAUCAACCAUGUUAUUGAUAUCAGAGGAGCUCACCAGCCAGCAAGCCUUAGCAGUGGUGAAAGCAAUGGAAGAUAUGGAAAGCAGAAAUUCACAUUUGAUUAAAAAAAUUGCUUCAGUUUUGCAUAAACAUUUGGAUGACUAUAAACCAGUAGAGUUAUUGAAGAUAACUCAGGCAUUAAUUUUUCUACAUUUUCAAAGUAAAGCGCUUUUUGUGAAACUCAGAGAAUUGCUGCUUAGUUAUUUGAAAGUUAGUGUCAUACCGAGUGAGAUUUCCAUCCUGGUCUAUGCUAUUUCCAUGCUUCCUUCUCCUCACCUAGAUGAAGCAUCAGUAUCCCGAAUUGAAGCAGUUUUACCACAGUGUAACCUAUAUGGCUUGAAUGAUUUUGCCACAUCUGUUUUAAGAUGGAUUCAGUAUGAUCACAUGCAUAUGAGUAGCAUUACUGGGAAACAACUGAAACUACUUCAACAAUUAGAUCACUACAGUCAUCAGAGAUUACAACAAAGCAACAAUUUAGAUCUGUUAUGGGAAGAAGUUAAAUCUUUAAAAGAAGACUGGUUUCGUGAAUCUCUUGUUGAAGAAACAAUUGCAGCUUUACAUCGUUUGAUGGAUGGAAUGAAUUGUAUGAACGUUUCAAAGAUUGCAUCUUUUAUAUCUAGAACUAACUACCUCAGUACUUUGCUACUUGAUAAGAUAGCCUCAGUGGUUAUUGAGCAGAUUGAAAAGAUCCAUCCUUUUUCAAUUCUUGCUAUUAUUCUUCCAUUCAGCAUUUUGAACUAUGAUCCACCUCAAAGGAAUGAAUUUUUGGGGACAUGCAUGCAAUGCCUUAAUUCUCACUUAGGUACAUUGGAUCCUAUUAUGUUAGUGUUUCUUGGUUUCUCUUUGGCAACCCUUGAAUAUUUUCCAGAAAAUUUGCUGAAGACAAUUUUUAACAUCAAAUUCUUAGCAAGAUUAGAUUCUCAACUUGAAAUUUUACCAUCAUCACUACGUUCAAGGGUCCAGUUUCGUCUUAUGGAAUUAAAUAGAGCAGUCCGCUUGGAAUGCCCUGAGUUUCAAAUUCCAUGGUUUCAUGACCGCUUCUGUCAACAACAUUAUAAUAAAGAUACUGGCAGCAUGAAUGGAGCACAACUGCAAAUUUAUAAAAUGUUAGCAGAGGUACUAGGAGGAAUCAAUUGUGUAAAAGCCUCUGUUCUUUCGCCUUAUUACCACACAGUAGAUUUUGAGUGUAUCUUGGAUAAAAGAAAAAAACCUCUUCCUUAUGGAAGCCAUAAUAUAACUUUGGGAAAACCACCAGGAAUGUACUGGGAAUCAAAUACCCAAAUAGUUGGAUCAAGUCUUCCACCAGGAGUUGAAAGGAUUGCUUUCGAAUUUUUGGAUUCAAAAGCUUUUUGUAGAAAUGUCCCUCACAUAAAAGGAAAAUCUGCUAUGAAAAAACGACAUUUGGAAAUUUUGGGAUAUCAUGUCAUUCAGAUCCCUCAUUUUGAAUGGAACUCUAUGGCACUGUCACAAAAAGAUGCUCGGUUGGACUACUUGAGAGAACAUAUAUUUGGAGCAGGCAAAUCAUGAUUGUAAUUUUUAUUUAAAAUGAGUUCUUAUGGUGUGUCACAUAUGUAUGUAUUUUAAUUAAGUGGACUGACUCAUUAAAAAAAUAGUAGGUGCAAAUACGCUGAGGUGGCAGAACAAGUGGGAAGUGGGGUGGGAGUAUGAUAAAAGGAAAGUAAACAGUAACAGUCAAUAUUCCAACCUCAUAGCCUCUCUUAGUGAGAUGAGAAGCCAUUGGAGGGUUUCAAGUGAGGAAUGAUGAAAACUCACAUUUUAACUGCAUCACACUAGUUGCUCUGUUGAGAUGAGAAAAAAUUACUAAGGAACAAAUGUAUCAGCAGGCAAGAAAUGGAUUGUGACUAUUUAAAGAACAUUUCAAUACUCCAAGCAAGAAAUGGAUGCUGGCUUGGAUAGAGUAGUAGCAGUGAGUAUAAUGAAAAGUGGUUUUCACAAUGUAUUUUGAAAGUAAAGGCAACAGAAUUUGCUCACUGAUGGAUAUGAGGGAAGAGAGAAACAAAAUUCAAUGAUAAUACUAAAUUUUUGUCCUGAGCAACUAACUAAAAAGGUAUUGCCAUUAUGGGGAAGUCUAUAGGAUGAGCAAGAUGGGAAGUAGGCAUUGGUGAAGGAUCAUGAGUUUGUUUUAGACAUGUUGAGUUUAUAAUGCUUUUUAACAUCUAAGUGGAGAUAUCAAACAAUUCAGUAAAUGAGUUAGGAAGUAAGGAGAGAGAGUUCCAGUCUCCAGAUACAAAUUUGAAAAUUGUCAUUGGACCACAAGACUAGAUGAAAUCACUUGAGAGUAGAGAAAUGUGUGAGGAGAUACUUGAGGGCUGAGCAGGGGUGGCCAGUGAGGUAAGAAGAAAAGUCAGAGAAGGUAUUAAUACUUCCUGGAAGCCAAAGAUGAAGCAUUUAAAGGAGGAAGAAGUGAGAAAUUAUAUCAAAUACUGCUAAUAGAUUAGGUAAAUGAAGCACUGUGAAAUGCCCCUUAAAUCUAACAACAUGAGUCUAAGCCUAAGAAAGGUCCUGGGUUUGCAUCGUCUUCACCCCCAUACAUACAAAAUGGCAACAUAAAAAUCACUAACUUUGAAAAAUGAUUUUUGUUAAGUUGUGUGUGAAAGCCUGUUUUCCAAGAGAAAGUAGGAGGAGACAUGAGUUUUCUUCUAAAUGGAAACAAAUAGGGUGGUAGUUUCAGUGGUCCAAUCUUGGCCUGGUCUGAUCUUUCACAUGCUAAGGUUAUAGUGAUUUUUUUUUCUCUGUAUUUUAACACAUUUACAAUAAAGUAGUUAUGAAGGAUCUACUAUAUUAUAUAAUUCCUAGCACUUCCUUUAGGCCAUGUGGAAUGUGUGAGAUGAGUGAUGGGACUGACCAUCUGAAACUUGGCUAUUUCUGACUCCUGGACCCUCUAAAUUCAUUCUCUUCUAUAGUUGGUAGCCAAAGUGCCUUCUGUUACAAAUGUAUUUUCUGCAUGUAAUUUGCUUCAUUGAUAUUUGGCUUGGGCUUAGUUGAAAUACAUGUAUAAAAUAUUUCCUGACUUUGCACAACUUGAGUCCCAAUAUAUAAUGAUUUUGCAGAAGUGAACUUCAUAAAGUUUUUUGAAAACCAAUCAGAAUAGUAAGCAAGUAAAAGAUAACUCCUUUUAACCAUUUGUUAUGGUUUAGAUCUGAGGUAUCCCCCCAAAACUCAUAUGUUAAUGCAGGGAUGUUCAGAGGUAAAAUGAUCAGAUUAUGAGAACUAAAACCUAAUCAGUGGAUCGAUCCAUGUGAUGGAUUAAUAAUUUGAACAAACUAACCAGGUGGUAACUAUAGGCAGGUGGGGCAUCCCAUAAGGAAGUAGGUUACCCCAGGCAUGCCUUUAGAGUUUAUAUUUUGUCCCUGAUGGCUCCUUCUCUGUGCUUCCUGGCUGCCAUGAGGUGAGCAACAUUCCUGUGUCACAUCCUUUGACCAUGAUGUUCUAGUUUACCAUGGGCCCAGAGCAAUGGAAUUGGCCAACCAUGAACUGAAACUCUGAAACCAUGAGCCAAAAUAAACUUUUUGUUUUAUUAUAAAGUUGUUCUUGUCAGGUAUUUUGGUCAUAGCAACAACAGAUUGACUAAUCCACCAUUCUUCCUCAUAAAUUUCCUAAUGAUAUUCAUUUAUAGUUACAGACAUACUAAAUUCUCAGUGUUUAAUUUUCCAUUUACAUGAAUGAGUUCUAUUUCUCAAGCAAAGGACAAGAACCAAACCCUGAAUAAGUUAAAAUAUUUUUACUCUGUAGCUUUUCGAAUAAAAUGAUUAGACUGAUGAGAGCUAUAAAUUUGCCUUUGAUAUAAAUAAUUGAAAAUCCAAUGUUGUAUAUUUGAGGUACAUGGAAAUCUUGCUUAAAUGAUUCUGGUGUGUCUUUUGCUUCUUGUUACACACAAUCUAACUUCUUAUGUACCAUAUCUUUUACUCUUUUUUUACUAGGCUGCUUGAUUGAAAUGGUUUUCUGUGUGUGUGUGUGUGUGUGUGUGUGUGUAUAAAACAAGUAUUUUUUCAUUGAGAUAUAAUUUAUAUACCAUAAAAUCCACGCUUUUUUUGGUGGGGGUAUUGGGGAUUGAACUCAGGGCACUCAACCACUGAGCCAUAUCCCCAGCCCUAUUUUGUAUUUUAUUUAAAGACGAGAGUCUCGGAUUCCACCUCUUGGGUCCCCUUCUUCCUCCGGGAGAAGUCUUUUCUGCUGUCCUUUAAUAAACUUCUAAUUUCUACUCUGA